AUGGAGACACUCAUGGCUGAAGUAAUCGCACAGCGGCCAAACGGUCCUAAUGCCGCCCAGCCUGUAUCUCUGCAGCGUCAGCCGUCCUUCUCCUCGUUCCCUCCCUCGCGCUCGCCCUCUACCCGCAAUGGCCACAACCACAAAGCUCGCUCCCCGCAGCCCCCCAUGGUCCGCGAGGGCGACGAAGACUCGAUACAGUCCUCGCACGACUCGUCGCAUCAGUCCUCCAUGCAGGCCCUGUCCAGAGGCGGCAUGAAGCUGCGCUCGCAAUAUCCCGCCGAUGCAAUUGAGAACCAUGUCGAGUACAUACUCGUCGCCGCCUUCGACAUCGACCGCGGCUCCAUCAUGGAACACCAGUACCCGGCGGCUAUCAGUGGAGACGAGACUAUGCUGGCUGAGCUCAUGUUGCCCGAUCAGGCCCAUGUCCGAAGCCAAGACUGGACCAUCUUCUUCCUACACAAGGACACCACCGCCGAAGAGGAGGAGCGCGAGGCCAGGAGAGAGCGCCGAAGGAGAAGGCGGCGGCGGAAAGAGGGCCUGGACGACCAAGACGACGCGACUGCCGAUCCCGAAGAGCAAGACGACGACUACGACAAUGACGACGACGACACCGAGAGCGAAGGGGAGCCGGACCCUGAUGGGCCACCGCUGGUCUAUGUCUUGAACCUGGUCAACACCAAGCAAGAUAACACGGUGAAGAGAGGCGCCAUCGUCAAAGCCAUGGCGAUAUGCACGCGACACCCUUUCUUGCACAUAUACAAGCCCCUGUUGCUGCUGGCCCUCGAAGAGUACUUCAGGGCACCCGUCCUCGAAACUCUAGAAUCCCUCUACAACUCUCUCAACGCCAUGGACCUGUCGCUGCUGCCGCGACUCUCCCCUCUGGAGAACUUUGUGCUUGGCGCUAGUGACGCCAAAGACAUGUUCGUCGAGAAGUUUGAGCUCAUGGUCCGGCAGCGGAAGAAGCUCGACGCAGCAAGAGACUCUGUUGAAACCUCGUCCGAUCCUCAAUCGCGGAAGAAGACAUACACGGUUCCACGGGACACGCAUGAGUUUGAAUCCAAGAUCAAUUACAACGGUAUUCCCGUCCCCGUCAAGAUACCUACCGCUUUGAGUCCUGAGACAGUGGGCGACUUUUCCCUGAUCAAGCUUAUCCAAACAUUCUCCACCCCUCAUGCGACACAACCCCAGCCCUUUGCUCUACAUCCGCACCUGACCACAAGCGGUGCCUACACUCAUCCCAUCAUUGUCCUCGUCAAUGCACUCCUCACCCAGAAGCGCAUCAUCUUUAUUGGACAUAACCAACCUUCAGGAGAAGUCGCAGAGGCCGUAUUGGCAGCAUGUGCUUUAGCCUCUGGUGGCAUCCUCCGCGGCUUCGUUCGACAUGCCUUCCCGUACACCGAUCUCACCAAAGUAGACGACUUGCUCAAGGUCCCUGGCUUCAUCGCUGGCGUCACCAACCCUGCAUUCUCUUACAAGCCCGAAUGGUGGGAUCUAAUAUGUGACCUACCCACCGGUCGCAUGAAGAUCAGUAAUCGUAUUGAGGCGGCUUCACCAACAGAAGGCUCCAUGUUCUUCCAGCAGCAGGGCCUCCCUCUGAAUGGGCCAGGCGCGCUACCAGCCAACGGUAUCGACGCAACUGGUGACACCCAAUUCAUGGAAAAGCUCCUCGAGAGCAUCGCCAACCGCCAUGGUGAGAAUGCUAUUCGAGCCAAAUGGCGCUCGUGGGUGUUGAAGUUCACCCGCAUUGCGGCGGCCUUUGAAGAAACUGUCUACGGCGCCUCUGCACUGUACAUUGGCUCUCACGAGACCGAUGUCGGCGGAUACGGUGUCUCUGGACAUGGCUACGUAUGGCCAGAUGAAGGUCACAAGCUUCGAGAACUCGCUGCAAACGUGCACCGUAUCGAGGGCUGGCGCAACACAAGAAGCUAUUAUAGUUGCAUCCAGGAUCUGGCGAGGCACUGGAAUAAGAGACCAGUGCGCGGUUUGGAUAUGGCCCAUCAGCACGACAAGUUGCGCUGCUUAAAACUCUCCCAUGAUCAAUCGGCGGCCAUUUACCUUGCACUGGCGCGGUGUGUUGAAGAAGCGGGUGAGCACAGUGAGAGCAAGAAUGCCUCUUCGAGCGACCUAUCCUCCAUGGCCCAGUCACUCACGAUCGCAAAUGACCAUGAGCGUAAAACGAACUCCCAGCUCCAUCUGUACACCAAUUGGACAGCAGCAAUGUCUUCGAAACCAACAAUCGAACCCCCGACUAUCAAAAAACGCGGUCGCCCGAAGAAAGUCGUAGCCGAGGAUGUGGGGACAACACCAGAAGUCGCAGCGACCAAGGCGGCUGUGAAGAAGGCGGCCGCGAAACCAGGCACAAAGGAGAAAGUUGCGGAAGCCAAGAAAGAGAAGAAGGUGGCUACGAAAAGCGGGAAGACUGCUCCUACUACUACUGCGACUGUUGCUGCGGGGAAGAAGAUUGCGCCCAAGUCAGCAAUUGCGCCAGCACAAGCUACACCCAUCACACCGUCCACGAGCAAGAUAUUAGAGGAAGUGGAAGCUAAAGGGACUUUGAAAAAGGCAAAACAGCCGGAAAAUGUCGUAGAGAAAGAAGCCGAAGCAAGUGUACAAGACAGCAGGAAAACCGCGCCGUCAUCCCAAUCCCCAGAAACAUCACCACCAAAGACUCAAUCCUUACCAUCGAAACUAACUCCACCCACAACUGCCUCCUUAUCGAACAACAAAACAACCUCAAACACGAUUUCAAGAGCAACGACCAUUCCACUCCCUUCGGCCCCCAAAAUCGCCCCUUCACCCGUCUACCCAGCGACUCCAAAACCUACAACCUCUCGUCCACACAAUCCCUACCCUUCCAUUCGACCCUCGCCAUCACAGCCACAACCUCGUCCACCGCCCUCUCCAUACCAGAAGCAACAUCCUACGCGCAUAAUAGAACCCACGCCCGACAUUCGCCUCCCGCCCAAGUACAAACCUGCGGCGCGUAGAGUGACGGCGAUAAUAGUGGGUCUACCCAUUAUUCUUGUAGUAGGGUAUGAGUUGUUCGAGCGGUGGAGGGGCAAAGACGUUAGGAAGAAGUUUGUCGAGGACAGGGAGGUUUUGAAACAAAUAGACAGAGAGAGGGAGAGGCAAGAAGGCAAGUAA